CAACACUGGGAACAACCCCAGGAAUAAGUCUAGGAACAACCAAUGGAACAACACCUGGAACAACACAAGUGACAACGCCAGCUACAACACCGGGAACAACGCCAGGAUCAACCCCUGUAACAACACCUGUAGCAGCGCAAGCUACAACACCUAGAACAACACUGGGAUCCACUCCGGGAACUACACCGGGUACUACACCAGGCACAACACCAGGAGCAACAUAUGGAACAACCUUAGGAACGACGCCAGGAACAACACCUGGGACAACACCUGGAACAACACCGGGAACGACGCCAGGAACAACACCUGGAACAACACCGGGAAUGACGCCAGGAACAACAACUGGUACAACACCUGGAACAACACCGGUAACAACGCCAGCAACAACAACUGGAACUACACUUGGAACAACACUGGUAACAACGCCAGGAACAACAACCAGAACAACAUCAGGAACAACACCAGUAACAACGCCAGGAACAACAACCAGAACAACACCUGGAACAACACCGGUAACAACGCCAGCAACAACAACUGGAACUACACUUGGAACAACACUGGUAACAACGCCAGGAACAACAACCGGAACAACACCUGAAACAACAUCGUUAACAACGCCAGCAACAACAACUGGAACUACACUUGGAACAACACCGGUAACAACCCCAGGAACAACAACCGGUACAACACCUGGAACAACACCGGUAACAAUGCCAGGAACAACAACCAGAACAACAACUGGAACAACACCGGUAACAACGCCAGGAACAACAACCGGAACAACAUCAGGAACAACACCAGUAACAACGCCAGGAACAACAAUCGGAACAACACCUGGAACAACACCGCUAACAACGCCAGGAACAACAACCGGAACAACACCGGUAACAACACUUGUAACAACUCCAGUUACAACACCGGGAACAACUCCGGGAACGACACCAGGCGAUGAACCAACUUUUCCUUUGGAGGUUUCUGUCCAUCCUUCAAGCCAGAUAGUCAACACCAAUGCCAAUGUGGAGCUGACAUGUAGUUUCAACAAUGCCAAGCGAUACCACUGGUACAAAGACGAUGUCCUUUUGCCUAACAGUGAAAAUCAGAAUCCUUUGAUGAUCAUGUCUGUAACGCCAAGUGACAUCGGGUAUUACUUCUGCCGAGGCUCGCAGAGAAAUGGAGAAACUUUAGACACGAUGCGAGCAUCUGUAUAUAUCAAAGAUCUGACCAAUAUAAUGGUUUUGAAUGCUAGAUUUGCCAUUCCAUUCAGCGAUGAGCUUUAUGACCAAACGUCUACACUCUUUAGAGAAACGGCGCUCAACAUCAGCACAUAUGUGGCGCAAGGCCUCCGAACCAGUACUGGUUUGGAGGGUCUAUCAGUAGUAUGCAGAGCCCUAAGACCAGGAAGCGUCAAAGCUGACAUGAAUAUCUACAUCGAGCAGACCAAUAUGAUGGCAACGGAGACACAAGAUCUUAUUGGUCUAUCUCUUGAUAGUCUAGCCAAUGAAUCGAACGGUUUUCUCGAUUCAAACACCAUUUCAGUUCAAGAUAACGCUAUUUGCCAGAAUAUCUCAUGGAUAUCUUCUCGAUUUGGAAAAGUCGAAUUUCCGGUGGGUGAAAACGGAACAUGGGCGAAUUCAACAGGAAUGUGUCCAUUCAACACUACUCAAGUCAAUGAACCGAUUGGGCGGGCUCUGUGUAUCGGCGAUGGUAUUACCCAGAGCCAGUGGCAACCUGUGGAUAAUUGCGGACCAUUUAGAAAUGUCACAGAUAUUCUCACAGAAAUUGCACAGGUAAUCGUAGGUGAAGAAAAUGCAGGUGAAGUGAGCCAGCAAGUAUCAUCUGUUACUUCCAACGUCGAAGAUAUCACAUCAGAUGACAUCACGUUUGUGGCGGAGAUAACAUCAAGCAUUGUGCAGCAAAAUAUUACUAGUGAAGAGGUAACAAAGUCUAUAACGAGUAUUGUGAGCAAUAUAGCUCAGGUAGAAACAGAGGAACUUGAAGCCGCAGAGGAAGAAAGUGGGGCAAUAAGUAAAUUUAUCCAGGCUUUUGAGGAACAAAUCAGUCGUGUUGAGGUUGCCGAUGGUGGGAUGCUCAACAUUCAGCAGCCAAAUGUAGCCGUACAGGUCCAGAGUGUAUCUGCUGACGACGUUAUGCGUGGUCUUGUGCUUUCGCUAGCUGGAUCCAGUCUUUCAGACCUGACCAAGGCCAAUAUUACCAUCAAUGCUCCGACCCAAGAUGACCGCGAUGACGUCAUUGCUACAAGACCAGGCACCAUCGCUCAGGUCAACAUUCCACCUUCAGUUUCAUCCGUCAUUUCGUCCACGGCCCCACUCUCAGGAUCGCCGUCGAAUGGCAGUGGUGAAUACGUUCGGGUCAACUUCAAUAUAUUUUCAACUCCAGCCCUGUUCAUUUCUAAAUCGUUGCGCACAAUCAGUGCAGAUAAUGAAGGCUUCAAUCGAUCAGCUAACUCGCCCGUGAUAUCUCUCAGUAUUGGUCAAGGGAAAGUCGCAGCCUUGACCGAAUUCAUCAACUUUACCUUCACUACAUUAAUGCCUGGAUACGUGAAUCCCAUGUGUUCAUUUUGGGAUGAGGAGCAGGAAGAUUGGUCCCAAGAUGGGUGUGUUCUUGUUUCUGGAAUACCAUCAUCUGAUGAGCGCUCUGAUGAGGAGAUCGUGCGCUGUGCGUGUGAUCAUCUUACCAACUUCGCUGUUUUAAUGGAUAUCCAUGGACAGGAGGAUUCAUUAAUCGAGGCAUACAACAUCCUGACUUACAUUGGAUGCUGUAUUUCUAUCUUCAGUCUUCUUGUCACAUUGGCAACCUACCUGUGGAACAAGGAUUUGAGGACCAAGCAGACUAACAAGAUCUUCAUCUGUCUGUGCCUGACAUUGCUAUGUCUCUACACGACAUUUGUCAUCAUGAUCUCUCUGGAUUCUACUAGAGAUUAUCGUGAGGUCCAAGCUGGACCCUGCGGGUUCCUGACGGCCCUAGUUCACUACUUCGUUUUGUCCUCUAUUGCAUGGAUGGGUGUGGAAGGGUACAAUACCUACCUCAUUAUUGUGAAGAUCUUUAACACCUACAUCCAGAAUUUCAUGAUCAAGGCUUCCUUAGCUGCGUGGGGAAUUCCUGCACUUAUCGUGGUUCUUACUGGAGCUAUUGCUAGAGACUCUUAUGCUCAUGAUGAUCUAUGCUUUCUACAAUUCUGGGCUCAAAUCGGUGGUCUCUUGAUUCCCAUGGCCAUCAUCCUCCUCAUCAACAUUGUCAUCUUCAUCCUGGUGGUUCGACAAUUGCUCCGGUCAGCCAACAUCGCUGGUCGGGUGAAAAGAGAGGCUAAGGCAGAACGUCGAGAGACUAUCGAACGCGUCCAAAACGCAAUCUGCAUCUUGUUCCUGCUCGGGCUGACCUGGAUCACCGGAUAUCUUCUUUUAAUCCCGCUAUUCAGUCAGGUGGCUCAACCAAUCUUCGUCGUCCUGAACUCCUUCCAAGGAUUGUUCAUCUUUCUACUCUACUGCGUCCGGAAGCCUUUCAUCCGUAAGAAAUGGGGGCUAACUUGUUUCGACAAGUUCCUAAAGAAAGAAGCAAGCACUUCCAGCGAUGUGGUGAGUUCGACGGCGCUAUCUUCGUCAUCUGGCAUGAUAAGCAAAUUGCGCCCAGGAGCCUCGGAUAGUUACUUGUUGCCUACCAAAGACGACAAUCCCGAUUCUAUGUGUAUGUUCAAUCCGACCUAUGACGUUAGCCAGGUUGAGGAAGAAGUCACACCACCAAUGAACAAAGAUAUCCAGAGUUCCUCCGAGGAACAGAAGAAGGACACAGAUCAUGAUGCAACAAGCACCGAUGUCGUGACGGUAAGUCUACCUCUUGAUGCACCUGUCACAAAUGUCACUGAGACAGGUGAUGGUGUUUCCUCCACCACGGAUGCUGACACCACCAGUGUUACUAUGGAUUCAACUGAUGCCAGCAAAGAUACUUAGGGGUAACGAUGAUGUUGCUUUCUACCAACAAUGAUGCUGCCGUCAGUCUCCCUAAGGAUGCAGAGGAUGGCACCAAACACAGAGGCAUUUUAUUCAAUAUUUUUUAAAGCAAGAAUAAGGUCUUAAGAGAACAUUAUGUUAGAGUGGAAUACUAUGCAGGGGAGGGGUGGGCUGGUGUUGGCUGAACCCCCUUUCCUGCUCCCGAGCAUUUUGCAAUUACCAAUAUACCGUCACCACAUAUUAGGGCAACCAGGUGAUUGCUAUUUGUUAUCAUCUUUAUUAUAUUUCAAGAAAAAAAAUUAUCUGU